GCUGGGCUGGUCACCUUGCAAGUGGCUGGCGACGGCAUCCGGUGGCAGAUUGGCCACGUGCUUCCCGAAAGGCGGACGAGGGACCUGCAGCGAAGCCAGGAGCGGCUGGCUGAAGGGGUCAUCUCCCCACUGCGCAUGUCUGACACAGAGCUGGUCGUCGUCCUCCGGGGCCUCCAGGGCCGCAUCCGCAGCGCGCGGACAUCGUUGGUGGGAGAAGUGCAGGAAACA